AGGGGGCGGAGAGACCAGAGACAGAAAGUGUGUGUGUGUGUGUGCCCAUCUCAUCCUUUGCCUCAUGAUGAGGGACUUAUUGGACUGGCACUUGUCUUGAGGUCAACCCAAUACAGCGACAUAAAGAUAAGGCUGGAUUAGCCAAGCGAACGAGUUUCAAUGCACCAAUCCAUUCUAAAAUGAAGUUAUGGAAAGGUGCCACCUUGGCCAUCCUGCUCUGCUGUGCAUCUCUGUGCGUCCUCCUCACUAAGCCUGCCGUGAUGCCCGCCGCGAUGCUCCCCACGCCAGCCAAACAGCGCUCUUGGGUGGCAUCCCUGAUGGCGCCGCCUUUACCGCCAACGUCAUCAUCAUCACCGUCGACAACAACAUCAUUGCCCUCGCCGACAUCAACAUCCUCGUCACCUCCGAGGUCAGCGAGGAUGGGUGGUCUCCGUCGGCGUGCCCGGUCUGUGGACAACGUGGGCUCUCUCCUCUCCGAGUUCACCUACCUCUUCCAGAGCUUCACGGAGGGCGAGCUGAAGCAGAUCGUCGGCGCGCUGGUGGACCGGAAGAGUCGUCGGGAGGACGGACAGGAACAGGAGGACGACGCUCGCAGCGGUGCGUGGAGCUCUGAGGACAGGCAGAGCCGCAGGACUAAGCGCGCGCGCAGGGACCAGCGUCCGUGCGGACUGCGCGAGGUCCACCGGACGGUCAGCGAGCUGGGCCUGGGCUACGAGAGCGACGAGAUGGUGGUGUUCCGCUACUGCAGCGGCAAGUGCACGGCGCGCCGGCGCCACUACGACAUGGUCCUGGAGCACAUGCAGCGGGCCGGACAGCUGGACGACCUCAACACCAGGGGCCGGGGGCGCAAGGACAAGGCCCGCUACAGCCCCUGCUGCCGGCCCACGCGCUACGAGAAGGACAUGUCCUUCCUUAGCAACAACAACAUUUUCUACACCAUCCCCGAAGUGUCGGCCAGGGAGUGCGGCUGUGUGUGA